AUGGCUUCCAUUACCUCUAUUGUUAAGACUGCUGACUACAUUUUAUCUAGACCAGUAUUGUCUAAGGUUGUUAGUCCUGUUGCUAAAGCAUUCGUUGCUUAUGCCGGAUACAGAGAAAUGGGUUUAAAAUUUAACGAUUUACUCAUUGAAGAAACUCCAGUUAUGCAAAAGGCUAUUUCCAGAUUACCAGAUGAAGAAAUCUACGCAAGAAACUACAGAUUUAUCACUGCUCAUCAAUGUUCUUUAUCACAUCAAUUAUUACCAGCAAACCAAGCCGUUAAACCAGAAGAGGACACCCAUUAUUUGGUUCCAUACAUUUUAGAAGCUGAAAAAGAAGCAUUCGAAAGGGCUGAAUUAGAUAAUAUUGAAGUUCCUAACUAA